CAAUAAUAAAGAAGUGAGGACAGCGUCGUUGAAUGUUGAUCAUUUUGAGACCAUUUGGACACAUUUUUGAAGAAAAAAAUUAUGGCUGAUACACCACAGCACACGACUGCCCAUGGAAUGGAACCAUAUGAUUUGUCCGGGCCUACAGAACUGGGUGCUUUAAGUAAAGAGCAACAGGAAAAAUUGAACUCAUUCAAGAUAAAGACUCGCGUAGGAAACGAAGCGUACAUGAGGGAACACCCUGAAAUAGAGUGUAUGCUCGAUGGAUUUUUAAGUGACGUUUUGACCAAACGACCUGAGAAUAUACGAGAAUACGCUGCCCAAUAUUUCACCGUAGCAGAUUUAAAUGUGAUUGUGGAAAAACAAAUGGAAAAUAGACAAAGUUGUAUGAAACAAAACAAAAUUUUACAGAAAAUAGGACGCUUAUGAGUUAUGAACAUUAUUCUAAACACAACCAAACAGUGAUAUUUCAGAAUGGAUUCCUGUAAUAGACACAAAUAUGUAAUAUUGUCUUAAAUUAUAUACCGGUAUAUGAUUGUAUUUUUUUUUUUUUUUUUUUUUGCGGAUUUUAUGUUAAAUUUGAGUAAUUACAUGUGAUAUGCUUAGCUACUAAAUUCGAGACUCUCAAAUGGUUCAUACUUUAAAAGGACAGUUGUGCCAUUUUUUUGACCAAUUGUACCUUAGUUACAGAAAUUGGAAUUGUUUAGCUAAGCUAAUUAAUAGUGUUCACAGCUCACCAUCGAAGUUUGAGCCUUCAAAUCCACGUGUGUCAAGAAUUAUCUCUUAUUGACCAAGUUUGAGACUAAAAAUUCCAUGUCCAUUCUGAGAGAGAUAGUAUUCGUUUAAGUGUAUGGAAUGCAAACUAGAGAGUAGCCUAGUGCAUAAUAAUUAUAAUGAUAAAUAAAAAAGAUAAUUGAUUUUCUUGUUUACCGUUUAAUUUUUGGAUUUUUUUUACAAAGCUUAUAGCUUAUCUUCAACGAUGUGGAAUUGAAUGAAUAAUAAUAUAAUAUGUUGAAAAUGUUA